AUGGCGAAAACGAAGCCUUCAUCGAAGGGCAGAAAAGGCAGGCGGAACGGCAAGGCGGCCGGCGAAUCGUCCGAACGGCCUCAACCACCUGCGCAAGAGCUUUUGGAACAUGCGACAGCAUCAUUGCAGACGGGGGACCCGACCGCGGCGCUCAAAUCUGCCAUGAAGGCAUACAAGCAGCUCCAAACCCCCGAACAGUCCUCCGCCGCGCUCCCCGCGCUCACACUACUCGGAGAAAUCUGCGUGGAACUCGGGCUGGUGGACGAAGCGAGGGAAUACUUCACCCUCGCGACCGAAGCGGACCCCGACGGGUCCAUCCCCGAGUCGCAAGGAGGCGGCGCGGAGAAGUUCCUCUGGUUGGCGCAGUUGAGUGAGGAAGGGGGGAUGGAGAGCAUCGGGUGGUUUGAGAAGGGGGCGGAGGUGUUAAGGAGGCAGAUCGCGGAGUUGUCGGGUUUACCGGGCGAGGAGGCGGGCGCGGCGGCGCAUGAGAAGCGACACAAGUUGGCGUCGGCGCUGUGUGGCAUUGCGGAGGUGUUCAUGACGGACUUGUCAUUCGACGACGCUGAAGCCGAGCAACAAUGCGAACGAGCCGUAUCAGAAGCCCUUCUAAUCGGCCCCGACCGACCCGAAGUUUUGCAAACGGUCGCGUCGGUGCGGAUAUCGCAGACGAAGAAACCCGAAGCGCGAGAGUAUCUCUCCAAAAGCAUCGACAUCUGGAAAGAUCUGCGGCCCGAGGAUCCCGAUGUCCCGGAAUUCCCUGCCCGCAUCAGCCUCGCUCGCCUGCUGAUGGAAGUGGACAUGUUCGAGGAAGCGAGCGAGGUGCUGGACCGGCUCGUGGCCGAGGACGAUAGCAGCGUGGAGGCGUGGUAUCUGUGCGGAUGGUGCUACAAGCUCUUCGCCGACCGUGAGCUGCAGGGAUCGGCGCCGGUGAGCGAGGGGACGCUGCCGUUGCUACGACGGAGCAAGAAGUGUCUGGUGGAGUGUUUACGGCUUUUUAACUUUGUGGACUAUGAGGAUGAUAGGCUCAAGGAGCAUGCGGAGGAGAUCUUGCAGGAGCUGGGGACCGCGCUGGCUGGGCAGCCGGAUGCAGAUGAGGACGAGGAUGAGGACGAGGACUGGGAAGAUGAUGAAAGUGCAGGCGAUGACGAAACCAUGGAGGAUGACGACUGA